AUGGAGCACCAGAUUCUCGUUUCGGCCAUUUUGGGCAUCCUAUUUGUGCUAUAUUUGACUCGACUAUGGCUGCUCCCGAGACCGCUUCCAGGAAUCCCGUACCGUCAAGAUUCAGCGCAAAGCAUUCUGGGAGAUGGAUUGGCCAUGAUGAGAGAGCUGGCCGGGACGGACGACACUUGGAUGCAGUGGGUGGAGCGUCAGCUUCAGCAGCUGGACUCGCCCAUGAUGCAGAUUUUCCUCCCGCUCAAGCCGCCCGUCGUCAUUGUGGGAGAUUACGAAGAAGCACGCGAUAUCCUGAUGCGGCGCUGCCCCCGCGAGUUUGACCGAUCCAAGCUCCUUGGCGAUUUGCUUCAGGGAGCGCUCCCAGACGCGCAUAUCAUGCUGCGCACGGACGACAAGUUCCGAGGCCACCGCCGGCUGCUGCAGGACCUGAUGUCUCCCGGCUUCCUGCGAGACGUGGCGGCGCCCAACAUCUACACGCAGGCCUGUCAGCUAGUGCGGCUCUGGGAGACCAAGGCCCGUGUUGCGGCCGGGCGGCCCUUUGACGCCAGUGAUGAUAUAUUCAAGGCAGCCCUGGAUGCCGUCUUCGGCUUCGCGUUUGGGCCGAGCUGGCCACACAGCGCGUUGCAGCCAAGCAUGGAUGCCAUGGAUGCCAUGGAUGCCAUGGACGUCGUGGAUGAGCUCGCCGGCACUGGUGGGCGGCAUGAGGCACGGGACUCUCCGGUCGCGUUCCAGGAAGGCCCAUCUGACGAAGUCGUGGCAGCAACGCUGGAGCUCGUGGCGGCCGUCGAAAAGGUUCAGGGGACCCUGUCGAUGAAACUCACGUGGGCGCUACUCUCGCUUACGCCCGCCCUACGGAAGGCGCGGAGAGUCCGGGACGCUUACGUGCUUAAGGCUUUGCGGGGCGCAGUGGGGUUGGCUGACGAAUCCGCGGGGCAGAUUCGCCGGCCCGACGUCGCUAGUGCCGUCGACCAUAUGGUGCUCCGUGAGCAGAAAAUGGCCAACGACGCAGGGCGGCGGACCGACUUCUUUUCAUCGGCCAUGCGCGGCGAGCUGUUUGGCUUCAUCGUCGGCGGCCAUGAUACCACGAGCACCACCGUCGCCUGGGGGGUCAAGUAUCUCGCCGACCAUGCCGCCGUACAGGACCGUCUGCGCGCUGCUCUGCACACCGCCUGUCUGACAGCAAAGACGGAGCGCCGCAGUCCCUCGGCCGACGAGAUUCUGGCACUCCGCGUCCCAUACCUCGAUGCAGUCAUCGAGGAAAUCCUCCGCUGCGGGGGAACCACGCCUGGCCUGGAUCGCGAGGCCAUGGUCGAUACGCAGAUUCUCGGCCACGCUAUCCCCAAAGGCACCACUGUGCUGAUGCUAACUCAGGGCCCAAGCAUCCGCAGCCCGCCCAUGCGUGUUGACGACCACCUUCGCAGUGCCACCUACCUUGCCAGUGCCAAGGGCGCAGGCCACGGUCGCUCUUGGAAAAACCAUGAUCCCCAGGCCUUCUGUCCAGAUCGAUGGCUGGUCCCAUCGCAAGACCCUCACAGCCAAGCUAUGAAUCAGCAUGUCUUUGACAGCACAGCUGGCCCAACCCUUGCCUUUGGUCUCGGACCGAGAGCCUGUUGGGGAAGGAGGCUGGCGUACGUGGAACUGCGCCUCUAUCUGGUGCUGAUUGUUUGGAAUUUUCAUCUGUCCGAUUGUCCGCCCGAAUUAUCUAGCUAUAGCUCGAUUGCCGGCAUUACGAGUAAGCCAAAGCAGUGCUAUGUGCGACUAACUACAAUUUGUCCAUGA